AUGUUGUACGCUGCUACGGUGUUUGUCAUGGCACAUUAUGGAGAAGGUUAUCAUGCAUGGGAGCUGAGCAAAGAGUCCUACCGAGAAAUCAUGCGGUGGCUGUAUGCAAGCUCCGUCAUCUAUUGUCCGGCUGCCUAUUUCACGAAGGUUACCCUGCUUCUCCUCGAGGCGCGAGUCUUUGCGGUCCACGCGAGUGUCGCACGAGGUAUCCAUAUCUUCAUCAUCCUCUUGCUUGUCUGUUACAUUCCGAUACAGACGCUUAAGACUAUCAUCUGCAUACCUAUAUCGGCAUUUUGGAAUCCCCAUACACUGAACCCGAAAUGUCUCAACCAGCGCAAAAUCUUUAUCGCCGAUCUCAGUCUCGCCAUCAUAACCGACUUUGUCAUUCUAAUCCUCCCGAUACCAUUACUCUGGGGGUUGAGGAUGUCGUUCCGCAAGAAACUAAAGAUCCUUGUACUGCUGGGUGCUGGAGGAGUUGCAACGGCUGUGACGGUGUAUCGGAUGUACUUGGUUGUCUUGUUUCUCUCAUCCGUAGAUGUCACCGCGGAUUUUGUUGUUUUGGAUCUUGUGACGUCACUUGAACUCGUCAUAGGCGUUGUAUGCGCAUGCCUGCCAUCCAUGAAUAUCCUCUACGAACGAUUACGCAGGGGUGAGCCGGCAAAGGCUUGUAGCCUGCCGCAGAAGGCCAGUGAUUACCGAAAAAGAAGCGACAAUUCGUCAUACUGGUGGAGUAUGAUGACGGGAAAGCCUUCGAAACCCGCACGGACCGACGUAGCCACGAUUACAGAGGCAGCACGAAGUCCCAAUAACGCUACAACUUUUGAUACCGAGCUUGCAAUUCUUAGUGGUCAUCCCAUGGGAGUUCGUUCCCCUAUUUUGGAGCCGGAAAAGAACCCAAUUUCGGUACAGUGUGAGGACGAAUGGGCCUAUAACCCACGAGCAAACUCAAUGGAUGGACGUCGUGAAGGGUGGCUGGCACCGGGUGGCGAGAGUUCGACGCAAGGGACAUCCCCGGCCAGAUCAUUAAACUGGCAGCACCACGAGCUUGAGGCAAGAAAGUCUUGGGAAGCUGUGUGGGAAAGAGCUAUACCUCCGGACGGCUUAAGUCCCGUGGUAGAAGAUGAUGACGGAAAACCUCCUCAAUCAAAACCGACAACCCACAAUCUACCCAGCUGGGAGGAUGUGGUACGCCGAUGA